AUGUGGUGCACCUCUUUCUACAGCCUUUUCACACCCAGCAAAGCCUUCCUGGGGGGAGCGGGCGAGGGGCCCCCCUGCAGCACCGGCCUCGGGUGGGCAGGCGAGGGGCCGGGGACCGGCGGCAAGAACCGGCGCGUGUGCCACGCCGCGGCGCGGCUGGAGAUGGGCAGCCUCUGGGAGGAGUUCAACCGCCUGGGCACCGAGAUGAUCGUCACCAAGGCGGGCAGGAGGAUGUUCCCCACCUUCCAGGUGAAGCUGUCGGGGCUGGACCCGCUGGCCGACUACGUCCUGCUCAUGGACUUCAUCCCGCUGGAUGACAAGAGAUACAGGUACGCCUUCCACAGCUCCUCCUGGCUGGCGGCGGGACGGGCCGACCCGGCAGCCCCCGGCCGCGUCCACUUCCACCCCGACUCCCCGGCCAAGGGUGCCCAGUGGAUGCGGCAGAUCGUCUCCUUCGACAAGCUCAAGCUGACCAACAACCUCCUGGAUGACAACGGCCACAUCAUCCUCAACUCCAUGCACCGCUACCAGCCCCGCUUCCAUGUGGUCUUCGUGGACCCGCGACGGGACAGCGAACGCUUCGCCCACCAGAACUUCAAGUCCUUCAGUUUCCCCGAAACCCAGUUCAUGGCGGUGACCGCUUACCAGAACCACCGGAUCACCCAGCUGAAGAUCGCCAGCAACCCCUUCGCCAAGGGCUUUCGGGACGGCGAGCCCGAGCCGUGGUAAGGCCACCCCCGACACCGCCCCGAGGCCAUGAUGAGGGGCUCCACGCCUCCCCCCCUGAGCCCCCCAUCUCUCUUGCAGGUGCGGGGUGCCGGCGGGGUCCCCGCUGGGCUCCCUGCCCCGCAGCCGGGCCACCGCGCUGCCCUGCCGCCCCGACAAGCAGGAGAAAGCCGUGGGGCACUGGCUGCCAUCGUCCCCCCGCAACCGGCCCCGCUGGCAGCUCCCCCCGGCUUCCCCGAGCUGCCCGCGCCCCCCUUCCAGCCCCUCGCCUGCCCCCCCGGCGUCUACGCAGGGGCCAAGCCCCGCGCCCUGCCCUACCCCCUGCCCACCUUCCCCCCACUCAGCACCUACGGCACCGCCGCGGCCCCCGCUUUCGGCUACGGGCAGCAGUGA